ACUCACUCAUUGCUAGCUGUCUCGUCAUACCACUAUUCUAUCUGGGAACAAGAUCGAUCAUCAUUAUUAUCCAUCAAGAUGUCUGGGCCUCAGUGCUGUGAGAAUCCACCCACUUUGGAUCCAAGCGCCGGGGUUGGGUCCGUGGUGGAGCUGGGUGGCCUCAACUCAUAUGUUACAGGUUCUUCCAAUUCCAACCUCGCUAUCAUCCUUGCCUCCGACGUUUUUGGUUAUGAAGCUCCAAAUCUCAGGAAAAUAGCUGACAAAGUUGCAGCUAAUGGAUAUUAUGUUGUGGUUCCUGAUUUCUUCUAUGGAGAUCCCUUUGUUUCUGGCAGCCAGCCCAUGGAUGACUGGCUUCAAGAGCAUGGAACAGACAAGGGAUUUGAAGACGCGAAAUCUGUAAUUGCUGCUCUAAAGAGUAAAGGAAUCUCUUCGAUAGGCGCUGCAGGGUACUGCUGGGGUGCUAAGCCAGUUGUGCAGCUGGCUCAGUCCAAGGAUUAUAUUGAAGCUGCAGUUUUAUUGCACCCAUCAUUUGUUACAGUGGAUGAUAUCAAGGAGGUGAAGGUUCCUAUUGCUAUUUUGGGGGCUGAACUUGACCAACUAACUUCACCAGAGAUUAUUAAAGAAUUUGAAGAGAUCCUUUCAUCACAAUCUGAGGUGGAUUACUUUGUGAAAAUCUUCCCUGGUGUUGACCAUGGAUGGACCAUAAGGUACAAUGAUGAAGAUGAGAACGCUGUGCAGAGUGCUGAAGAAGCCUAUCAAGACAUGUUGAAUUGGUUUAUUAAGAACAUUAAGAACUAAUAAUGUUUAGUACACAAUUAAGUCAUGAACCAUGUGCAAUUUUUAGUACAAUAAGUGUUUGAAUGUACUUUGUCGGGUAAACUAUGUGUAAUUUUUAGUACAACUAAGUAUUUGAAUUUGCAAAGUAUCUGGUGGUUUGAUGA